CAGCUUGAGGCGCGGACGCAAAACCAUCCUAACAUAACAGACAGGGUUGUUUUUUCCACUGUUUUCCUCACCUGGAUGGAGAUGUUUACCCUCACCAUGUCCACAGAGGUGAAAGUAGCCGCUGUGACCAACUCGUGACUGCUUCUUCAAAACGCCCUCAGACAAUUUGCGCGGCUGAACACCUAUCACGCCCCCCUCCUUCCAAAGUCUCACCUUUACACUCCGUGAUCACCGGGCAGGUUAACCAGAAGGCCAGGAUCAUGCCUGCCGGAGUCAGCGAUCCCGAGAGCUGCAUACUGAGCUACCAGAGGCCAGACGAGGAGGUGGUGGUAGACCAGGGAGGCACCAGCUCAGUCCUGAACAUCCACUAUGAGAAGGAGGAGCUAGAAGGCCACAGGACUCUGUUUGUGGGAGUGCGAAUGCCCAGGCAGAGUCAUCGUCACCACAAGCCCCAUAGCUCUCGCCACCGCAAGAAAGACAGAAGGCCAGGGAGCAGCACAACACAGCCAAGCGAGGAGAGUGCAACUGCUACAUCCACUCAUGACACGCCGUCCCAGCGGGUCCAGUUCAUUCUGGGAACAGAGGAGGAUGCUGAACAUGUGGCCCAUGAGCUGUUCACUGAGCUGGAUGAGAUCUGUGUGAAAGAUGGCAAGGAUGCUGAGUGGAAGGAAACAGCCAGGUGGCUGAAGUUUGAGGAAGAUGUGGAGGAUGGCGGGGAGAGGUGGAGUAAGCCCUAUGUUGCCACACUUUCCCUGCACAGCCUGUUUGAGCUGCGCAGCUGCAUCAUCAACGGCAGCGUGCUGCUCGACAUGCGUGCCGACUGCAUCGAAGAGAUUGCAGACAUGGUGUUGGACCACCAGGAGGCGUCCCAUGAGCUGGAUGACAGCGUGAGGGUGAGGGUGCGCGAGGCUCUGCUGAAGAGACACCAUCAUCAGAAUGAGAAGAAGAAGAACAACCUCAUUCCCAUCGUGCGCUCCCUCGCUGAGGGAACCCGCAAGCAGUCAGAGCCCCAUCUCACAGGACCGGCCACCUCUCCCCAACCUCCCCCAGCUAGCUCAGAGGUGAAGAAUGGUGCUGGUCAGGACGGCACACAAAUGGACCUCAGCAAGGUGGACAUGCACUUCAUGAAGAAGAUUCCAGAAGGUGCAGAGGCCUCCAAUGUCCUGGUGGGAGAGCUGGACUUCCUGGAGAGGCCCAUCGUGGCCUUUGUUCGCCUCUCCCCUGCUGUGCUGCUCACUGGACUCACUGAGGUCCCCAUACCUACCAGGUUCCUCUUCAUUCUCCUUGGCCCGGAUGGAAAGGCUCAACAAUACCAUGAAAUUGGACGCUCAAUGGCAACAAUCAUGACUGAUGAGAUCUUCCAUGAUGUGGCAUAUAAGGCAAAGGACCGUAGUGACCUGCUGGCUGGGAUCGAUGAGUUCCUGGACCAGGUGACUGUCCUGCCACCAGGGGAGUGGGACCCUUCCAUCCGCAUCGAGCCGCCCAAGAAUGUCCCCUCUCAGGAGAAGAGGAAGAUGCCAGGAGUUCCUAAUGGCACAGCUUGCCAGGUGGAGGAAGAACUACAUGCUGAACACCAUGGACCAGAACUGCAGAGAACCGGGAGGUUGUUCGGUGGUCUGAUAAUGGACAUCAAAAGGAAGGCUCCAUUCUAUUUGAGUGACUUUAAAGAUGGUCUGAGCCUGCAGUGUGUGGCCUCCUUUCUCUUUCUGUACUGUGCCUGCAUGUCGCCUGUCAUCACCUUCGGAGGACUGCUGGGGGAGGCAACUGAGGGACGCAUCAGUGCCAUUGAGUCUUUACUGGGUGCAUCUAUGACUGGAGUGGCCUACUCUGUGUUUGCUGGCCAGCCCCUCACCAUUCUGGGCAGCACAGGCCCUGUGCUUGUUUUUGAGAAGAUCCUCUUCAAAUUCUGCAAGGACUAUGACCUGUCUUACCUGUCUCUGAGGACAUGCAUCGGUCUGUGGACCGCCCUGCUGUGUUUGGUGUUGGUUGCCACGGAUGCCAGUUCUCUGGUCUGCUACAUCACGCGGUUCACAGAGGAGGCCUUCGCCGCCCUCAUCUGCCUAAUCUUCAUCUACGAGGCCCUGGAGAAGCUUUUUCACCUGGGAGAACUCUACCCCAUCAACACUCACAGUGACCUGGACAAACUCACACUGGCAUUCUGUAAGUGUGCAGAGCCUGAUAACCCCAAUAAUAAAACCUUAGAACUAUGGAGUCAGAAAAACAUCACAGCUUCUGCUGUACCAUGGGCCAACCUUACUGUCAAGGAGUGUGUAAGUCUACAGGGCCACUUUGUAGGGACAGCAUGUGGCCACCACGGCCCCUACACCCCAGACGUUCUCUUCUGGUCUACCAUCUUGUUCUUCGCCACCUUCUUCAUGUCUGCCUUCCUCAAGCAAUUCAAGACUAGUCGUUAUUUCCCCACCAAGGUGCGGUCCAUGAUCAGUGACUUUGCGGUCUUCCUGACUAUUGUUUUCAUGGUUCUGCUUGACUAUGUCAUUGGAGUACCCUCCCAGAAGCUGCAGGUGCCCAGCAAAUUCCAGCCAACCAGAAAUGACCGAGGUUGGCUGAUCAACCCAAUAGGGCGCAACCCAUGGUGGACAGUGCUGGCAGCCUCUAUUCCUGCUCUUCUGUGUACCAUCCUCAUCUUCAUGGACCAGCAGAUCACAGCUGUCAUCAUCAACCGCAAGGAGCACAAACUGCUGAAGGGUUGUGGGUACCACCUGGACCUGUUGAUGGUGGGCUUGAUGCUGGCUGUGUGCUCCAUCAUGGGACUGCCCUGGUUUGUAGCAGCCACUGUCCUGUCAAUCUCCCAUGUCAACAGCCUGAAGCUGGAGUCAGAGAGCUCUGCCCCUGGGGAGCAGCCUCGCUUCCUGGGCAUCAGAGAACAGAGGCUGACUGGGCUGGUCAUCUUCCUUCUCAUGGGCUGCUCUGUGUUCAUGACUGGUGCCCUGCAGUUUAUUCCUAUGCCGGUGCUGUACGGUGUUUUCCUUUACAUGGGAGUGUCUUCACUGAAAGGAAUCCAGUUCUUUGACCGUCUGAAGCUCUUUGGCAUGCCAGCAAAGCACCAGCCAGACUUCAUCUACCUGCGUCACGUCCCACUGAGGAAGGUGCACCUGUUCACUGUCACCCAGCUCACCUGCCUGGUGCUGCUGUGGGUCAUCAAAACCUCACCUGCUGCCAUCGUCUUCCCCAUGAUGGUGUUGGCUCUGGUCUUUAUCCGUAAGCUGCUGGAUUUGUGCUUCUCCAAGAGAGAGCUGAGUUACCUGGAUGACCUAAUGCCUGAAUGGAAGAAAAAGAAUCUUGAUGAUGCCUCUAAAAAGAUCGAUGAGGAGUCACAGGUUAUGCUUGUCACAAAAAGAGAGGAGAAAACUACUGUUGAGAUUCCCAUGGAGAUCAGCAAGCCCACUCAGCCCAUUAAAGCACAUGACCCCAGGAUUGAAGGAAUUGAGUUCAUAGACCAGUAAGGGACGCCUGCCAUGGCUGUGACCGCUCACACCCCACUAGGCGGUGUCGUCCUCACCCACAGGACGCUGUGUUUCGGCUGCUACCGCCAUCAGCCUCUUCAGUGUUUAGGGAAACAAGUCUCUGAGAUUCCUACCAGCUACCACUAACACACUCAGUACUGCCCAUUCCACUUACAAACACACAAACAUAUACAUAUAUUAUACACACACAGGCAUACACUAAACAUUCUACUCCUUUUCUUCUUCUUCCCAUCAAAAACAACACACCCUCUCUACACCGUUUGUUCACUUAGCUGGGCUUCAUGUUGGGAGAGCAAAUGCUCCUUUAAAAACAAACCAGGUUCUUUUUAUUAAUCUAAGUAGCUCUGUCAGUCAUAAAUCCUUUCAUCGAAAAGAGUCUCUUUUUAUUUACUGUGCCAUGAGUGUGUUCUUCUUUUUAUAAUUGUGAUGGUAUGGUAAAUAAUUUACUAGAUUUAAAACAACAACAACAACAAUACAUUGCUGGAUUAGUAAUAUAUAGACAAAUCCAUCUUUGAACAUAAAACUUUGUGUCAGUUCUGUGUGAUGCUGUGAACUGAAAAGUGUAAAUGUUAGAAGAUCUACUUCAGUUGAAGCAGUGGAAUCAGUAACAUCUGUAUUUUGAGGUGUGAUCUUUUUUCCCUUUAUUGACACACGUCUUUCAUAACUCAUGAUUGUGUAGGUUGGAGCUUGGUCUACAGAUAUUUGUCAUGUGUUAGUACCGUAUCUUAUUUCUUUACCUCAAAGUCUCAAAUGCUCCUGCAAGGCACUUUGGAUAAUGUAAAGGCCAGAGCAGAUAAAUGGUGUGGAUGUGUGUGAGCGUGUGUGUGUGUGUGUGUGUGUUGUGUUGGUGUGUUGGUGUUUCUUCCUGUAUGUAUCAGGAUUAUAUUAUUUGUGUGGUUAUUUGUGGGGCAAACCAAACAGGAAUUUCAUUUGAGCAAUAAUUAAUCCUAAAUUGAGCCCAAGUUGAUUUAAGAUAUAGACUUGAUCAAUACCGCCCGACUCCAGCAGAACCUUGUUUAUCCUAACCCCAUGUGGAAUAGAGGCUGCUCAAGAAAAUUAAACGUUCACAGUUUUGAUAACCCAUUGAAAUUCCAGACCAAAGCUCAUUCAGAGGAGUGUCUAAAGUGUCUCAUUAUAGUUAAAAGGCUUUUUGCUGCGUGUGGUAACCGGAGGGUUCCAGCAGUUACACACAUUUAAGAGAAGAUAUUUUCUUCCUUCCUUUCUUUCUUUCCUUCUUCAUGAUGCCAGUUCACAAGAUGAGCUGCCAUUAAUGGCAAUUUGGAUAAACAAGGUUCUACUUCAGUGUGUUUGUUCUCCCUAUGUCCUCUGUCAGAGUCACAUCUGGUAGAUGUCUUCAAGUCAUUUGGGAUAAGACUCUAAUUUUUGCAUUUCAGACACCAGUGCCAGCUGAGAGCUUGGAGAGCUAAAGGGAAUGGAGAGUUGACAGUUUAAAAGAAUGAUCUUCAACAAUAAUCCUUUAUUUGUAGUUGCACUUUCUGUAGAUACAGUAAAGAAUUUAUGAUAUAUAUGGUUUAUUUUCAAGAGAUCUCUAGAGAAUAAUUGUUUUACAAUAAUUUAAUACAAUCAUUUAUUUUUAGAUAUGAAUGUCUAAUGUGUUCUCUUUACUUUCUGUACAUAAUGUAAUAAAUACGGUGCACUAGCAGAAAGUCUAAAGAAUGCAGCACAUGAAUAAUAUUUCGAUGAAUGAACUCAAUAGCAAAAUAAUGUCACAUGUUAGCCUGUGGGAGCAAUGAGCUCUGCCCUCUGCUGAAAGACAUCGGAUUUUGUCCAGCAAGCCAUGAUUGUCAUGUCCUCAUGUCCCCAUCAUUCCUGUCCAAGUGGCUUUAAAGUGCACAAGUGCAUACCGCAGUAGUACUCCACUGUAAUGUUACAUGAAGUAAUACCUCCUCCAAGACAUGUAUGAAAGUUUUGUACUUGAUCGAGUAUAGUAUGUUUGUUCUUAUGUACUACAGCAGUUACGCAUUGCUUUGAUUCUGUCAGAAUAUUGAAUGUGAAGUGUCCUUGUAUAUCUGCUAAACUAAAGAAUGAUUUUGAGAUAUAAGUGCAACAAGCAUGAUUGAAUAUUAUUCAUUGUGUAAAUAUAUUUAAAAUCACAUGAGUGAGUGAGUAGAAAUACAUAGAAUAGAAAUCCAGUGUACCAAAAGGGUUAAAUCAAACACACCUGCCAAUAUUCAAGGACUGUUGGUAGAUGUGUUCUUACGAAAUAAUUUAAUCCCUUAGAAAAGCAAAUUAUCUCAAUGAGUAACUUAGUAUCAUGUGACUUUAAAUUGAUUUCCAAUGUAUUUAUAUGUAUAUAUAUAUGUAUGAUAAACAUGAAAUGUCUUCAGUAUAUUGUAUGCGUGUGUGUGCGGGUGUUUGUGCAGGGGAGUAAUGUACAAAUGUGAGUAUUAUGUAUGUGUGUCAUAAAAUGCAUAACCACUUACUGUUGUGCUGUGAGAUUCUUGUGAUGUUCAUUACCAUACAAAUGACUCACUUCAUACUCUGAAAGUAAACACUGUUGAGGUACAAGCUGCCAAAAAAAACUCUGUCAUGAAGUUAGUCAUUCAAAAAAAAAAAAAAAAUGAUGUUACAUAAAUAUCAUAACUCUACCCGAUCCUGGAAA